GACUUUUGGAAGAGCAGUCAGUGCUCCUAUCCACUGAGCCAUCUCUCCAGCCCUAACUCACGUCUUAAUGGUCCAGUAGUAUGGCAGUAACAUCUAUUAUCAAGGGCCUGGCUCUGUGACCUUAGGAGGUGGAAUUACAGUGAGAACGUAAAGGAGUCACAUGGUGAGAAGGAAAGCCAGACCCUGGGGUAGGGGGUAGUUCCUUUUUAAAAUUAAAAAAAAAAUUAACAGUCCUCUCUAGGACUAAAGUCCUUGAGACCAUCAUUUAUUCCUUUCUAGGCCACUAGCGCAACACUGCACUGGGACCCAGCUUCCUACAUAGGAAAUUUAUGUGGAUACAUACAAACCACAUGCAAACAGCAGACUCCAUCAGGUGAUAUAUCCUCAGCAUUCCAAACUUACUGAUAAAGAAAAAACCAAUAUUUGCUACUUGUCUUUUCCAGACUCAAAUUCAGGUUGUCUUGGAGAUACCCAGUUUUGUUUUAGAUUCCGCCAGUCUUCUGGGAGAAGGGUGUCACUACACUGUCUUCUUGAUGAAUUUGACAAAGAUUUACCAGUUUACUUAAAGAAAGAUCCUGCAUAUUUUUAUGGAUAUGUGUAUUUUCGACAAGUUCGAGAUAAAACUCUUAAAAGAGGCUACUUUCAGAAGUCAUUGGUUUUGAUCAGCAAACUACCUUAUAUUCAUUUUUUUCACACCGUACUCAAACAGAUAGCACCAGAGUAUUUUGAAAAAAAUGAACCUUACUUGGAAGCAGCUUGUAAUGAUGUUGACCGAUGGCCUGCCCCUGUGCCAGGGAAAACGCUGCACCUGCCUAUCAUGGGACUAGUAAUGAAGGUUCGGAUUCCCACGUGUCAUGACAAGCCUGGGACCACGCAGAUGGCACAGUUAACUCAGCAGGCAGAUACACACACAUCUAUUAUUUUGCCUACUGUUCAUGAGGUGGAUCUUUUCAGGUGUUUCUGCCCAGUUUUUCUUCACAGUCAGAUGCUUUGGGAGUUGGUGCUCUUGGGAGAGCCCCUUGUGGUCAUGGCGCCGUCGCCGUCAGAAUCUUCAGAAACUGUACUGGCUCUUGUUAACUGUAUCUCUCCAUUAAAGUACUUUAGUGAUUUUCGGCCUUACUUCACGAUUCAUGAUAGUGAAUUCAAAGAAUAUACUACCCGUACUCAAGCUCCGCCCUCAGUCAUCUUAGGAGUAACCAACCCCUUUUUUGCUAAAACACUACAGCACUGGCCACACAUUAUUCGAAUAGGAGAUCUUAAACCUGCAGGUGAAAUUCCUAAGCAAGUUAAAGUGAAAAAGCUGAAGAGCCUAAAGACUCUGGACUCUAAACCUGGAGUUUAUACUUCUUACAAGCCAUAUCUAAACAGAGAUGAGGAGAUCAUAAAACAACUUCAGAAGGGUAUACAGCAGAAGCGUCCUUCUGAGGCCCAAAGCGUUAUACUCCGGCGCUAUUUUUUGGAACUAACACAAAGUUUCAUCAUUCCAUUAGAAAGAUAUGUGGCAAGCUUGAUGCCUUUGCAGAAAAGUAUUUCUCCGUGGAAGAGUCCACCCCAGUUACGGCAGUUCCUUCCAGAAGAAUUUAUGAAAACACUUGAGAAAACAGGGCCUCAGCUCACCUCUGGAAUAAAGGGCGACUGGAUUGGACUUUACCGGCAGUUUCUAAAGUCUCCAAAUUUUGAUGGCUGGUUCAAGACCCGGCGGAAAGAAAUGACUCAAAAAUUGGAGGCACUUCAUCUAGAAGCUCUUUGUGAAGAGGAUCUCCUUCUCUGGAUCCAGAAACACACAGAAGUAGAAACAGUGGACCUUGUGUUGAAGCUGAAAAAUAAGCUGUUGCAGGCUGACCGAGAGAAUUUACCUGUGAAGCCUGACACUGUGGAGAAGUUACGGACACAUAUAGAUGCAAUUAUCCUAGCCUUACCAGAGGACCUGCAAGGCAUACUGCUCAAGACUGGCAUGACAUGAUACUUGCCAGGUUUUCCAGCCAGAAAGGACUGUGAAGCAGGAAGCAUACUGACAUUUCAUCUAGACGCACACAGGAGCAAGCUCAGUGGCAUAGCACGGAAACAAGCAGCAAUUGCUAGAUACAGGUGGAAAGGCUGAGCGGAUAAACAGACAUUUGUAGUGCGUUCUGUGGUGGUUCCACAAUGCUGAAAUACCGAAAGACAUUUCCAUAUUUUUAAUCACGUUCUAAAGUGCUCUUAUGAGAGACCUAUGGGGCCAUCAGUGUAAGUGACUCCAAACUGCAGUGCCGGCAUUGCAGAUAUUUUUUUAAAUUGGUGCUGCUUUGCCCAAUCAUGUUGAACUCAGGGGAAUAUAAGAAUAAUGUUCACACUGGCUGUCUUCUUAAGAAGGAAAAACUGAACUUUCCAACUAGAGUUAGAUAUAACUGAGGCUUAUGUAGUGCCUUCCAUUGUCCUAUAUGUUUCACAGGGUCCGGCUGCUAAUUGUAAGGCUUUUUCUUUUUUAAUUAUGAUACAUAAUUUCAAAGGCAUUAUGUCAAGUAAUCACUUGCCCAAAAGUAUUUCUUGUUGCCCCUCAUGUUUAUUACCUGGUGUUUUAAAUUAUCAGGUAGGUUUUCAUGUCACAACUCUACCAUUUUCACAAGUACGACUUAGGUGUGUCUCCAAGGAAGGAGGCACAUGUAGUUCUGGCUAUGGACGAGCUGAUUUCUCCUUUCUCUUUUACUCACUGGCCUGCAUACACUAGGUAGCUUGAAUGUCUUUUGAAGACAUUCUCACUAUGAACAUCAUAGUUGUUUUUUAAAAGAAUAUUUUUAUGUCAAAGAUAAGCCAUUCAUGUAAUAAUUAUUUGAGAGUUUUACAUUUACCUUUUAACAUUAUUUGUUGGGUGACACUAUUUCCCCUAAUGGAUGAUUUUUAGAAGACUUUUCCUGUUGUUGUUUGACAUGGGACCUUUUGUGUAAAUCAGCAUUACACUUUUGUUUGUUUGUUUUCA